AAGAAUGGCACCUGGCAAGUCAUCUCCUGUGGAAAAGUCUUGGAACAUCUUUGAAGAAUACCACAUAGAUGAAGAUGUGGGCUUUGCUCUGCCCAAUCCAUUGGAGGAGCUACCUCACCCUUAUGAUGCCUGGAUUUCCAUUGCUAAAAAUCUGCCUGAACUGAUUAAGAAUGGCCAACUACGUGCCGAAGUUGAGAAGUUAGCAACCUUCAGCAUUGAUGGCCUCCAAGAAUACAAGUCACAGCGCCUUGCACAUCUGGUUCUGGGGUAUAUCACCAUGGCGUACGUGUGGGGUGAAGGUGAUGGAGACGUCCGGAAGGUCUUGCCAAGCAACAUUGCUGUUCCUUACUGCAAGGUAUCUGAGAAGCUAGGACUGCCCCCUAUUCUGGUUUAUGCAGAUUGUGUCUUGGCAAACUGGAAGAAAAAGGAUCCCAGUGGGCCCAUGACUUAUGAGAACAUGGACAUCCUAUUCUCAUUUCCUGGCGGGGACUGUGGUAAAGGGUUCUUCCUGGUCUCUCUGGUGGUGGAAACAGCAGCUGCUUCUGCAAUCAAAGUGAUCCCCAUUAUAUUUAAUGCAAUACAACGUGAAGACCCAGACGCUUUGCAAAAGGCAUUGCUUGAUAUAACUUCUUGUCUGCACAAAGCCCUUGAAAUGUUUCACCAAAUUCAUGAAUAUGUGGACCCAAACCUAUUUUUCAAUGUUCUUCGCAUAUACUUGUCUGGUUGGAAAGGCAGCCCUUUGCUGUCAGAGGGUCUGCUGUAUGAAGGUGUCUGGGACACCCCAAAGAAGUUUGCCGGAGGCAGUGCAGCCCAAAGCAGCAUCUUUCAGUGCUUCGAUAUUCUGCUGGGCAUUCAGCACACUGUGGGUGGAGUUCCUUCAGACUCUGCUGCUAAAUUCCUCCAGGAAAUGAGAACAUAUAUGCCAUCAGCUCACCAGAAGUUUCUUCACUUGUUAGAGUCAUGCCCCUCGGUCCGUAAGUUUGUCCUUUCAAAAGGUGAUGCUACCCUGCAGCAAAUUUAUAAUGAAUGUGUGCAAGCUAUGGUCUCUCUGAGAAACUACCAUUUGCAAAUAGUAACAAAGUACAUUGUGAUUCCUGCAAGCCAUGCAUCCAACAGAAAACAAACCCCGGAAGAGCCUUCAGAAUCAAAAAGUAAGGGAACUGGAGGCACCGAUUUCAUGGAUUUUCUAAAGACUGUAAGAAGUACAACUGUGAAUUCCCUGUUGAAGGAAGAUUAAUGUAAUCCAAGAAAGU